UUUUCAACAACCUUCCUUACGUAUCUUUCUUCUUCGCCUAUUCCUACAUUUAUCGGAGGCCACACUUCAGAUUUCAACUCAAAAUACCCACCAGCUAUUCCAAGCAGCCCUACUUUCAAUAUGGCACCCUCUCUGAGCCUCCGCCCAAGAACCAGCGACCGACCCCCCACCAGGGACCAGAGGGAUCAGACUGACCACAGUCUCAUCAUACCCAGCAGAACCUCAUCGCUCCACUCCCGCAUCACACAGCCGCUUCCCUCGACCCUCAAUGUUCGACAGGGCGCCAAAACUCCAAAGACACUGACCCACGCCUACAUGGUAUGUGGUGUUGGCCGAGAACCAUCACAAUGGGUGAAAGCACCGGCUCCCAGCCAGGGAAAGAUUGGACAUAUGAAGGGCGCUGUUGGCACAUUCUGGCUUCCUGAGAUCCUGGGCAGCAGUCCUCGAUUGGAGCAGGACAACGACAUCGCUAGGUCGCUGCACGCUGCUAUGCGGGCUUGCUUUCCCCACGACGUCGAGAUAUGCACAGGUCGUAGCCAGCCGCAUUGUGUACACCACUCAUUUGUCCUCCAGCAGGAUUCUUCACACACGCUUUACGGCAUUGCUCUCCGGGUCUGGUCCCGCGCCGACGAGAAGAGGGCCGAGACCAUCCGUGACCUACGAAAACGAAUCGAGCCAGACUUUUACGACAACAGCGAUGAAACCUACUGGAUCCCUUACUGCCUGAGUUUUCUUUCACGCUAUCCUCUGUACAACCUUCUUGGAGACUACCUGCGGGGCAUGUGGAUCCACUGGAACAAGGCCACCAAUUUGUUCCACGCCGAAGAAGUGUCCCGCAUUCUGAGCUUUCCCGCUCCUCGCCUCAAUGAUUUGGUCAGGAUCGACAUGAAAGAUUACGCACUGUGCUACCAAUUCCCGUCCUCGCCGACCGGCUUCCAAAAUUUCGCGAUGUGGCCCCUUUUCACAUGUCUGUCUAUCCCCAAUAUCGUUGGCGUGAUAGAGGCUGCCGUGUCACCAACUCGCCGAAUCAUCUUUGUCAGCCACUAUCCCGCCAUACUUACCAUUGCUGCCGAGACAAUCAGAUACUGCGUAAGGGUGUACGAGUGGAGCGGUCUGUAUGUGCCUGUGGUGCACGCACGUCACAUCAAGGAUCUCGUUCAGGAACCAGGGCCAUACAUUCUUGGUGCGACUUCAGAAUGCCGCUCGCUAUUUACUGCGCCCAACGAUGCCCUGGUGGUUGAUCUCGACCGCAAUUUCGUGCUUACUUCCAGCCCGCCAUCCGCGCUCACAGCUGGACAGAGAACCAAGAUGAUCACUCGUCUGACCCAGGCUUUGAACACCGAGGUGGCGCCUACAGGUGUGCCACAGCAUCUACGAUCGGCGUACGGUGGCGGCAAGCUCAUUCCCGCUGGCCAAAUCAUUGUCAUGCGCGGCGAGGUGGAGAGUAUCCAAGAUCCGGAGUGGUGGAACCAAGAUGCUAUCAUGACAGUGAUGGACCACGUGUGCGAGAAGCUGGGGCGCAAUACGGGCGUCAAGGCUAUUUUUGGAGGUGCUGUCAAGAAGCCCCUUAUGACCAAGGUUUCUAUGCGUCACCUCAACGAGAUUGUGCGAGAACGCAACCAAUACUCUCGCGAUGCGCAGGAGGCUUGGCAAGAUUUCAUCAAUCUCAAGGGUCGCAUGGAUACCGAGCUGUCGAAGGUUUCCAAGCGAAACAACUUCCUCGUCGAGGAGCUCGAGAGCUGGAAGCAGCAGUUCCUCAAGUUCCAGUCGUUUGCCGAGCAGCUCACCAAGGAGACGCAAGAUCUCAAGGUCAAGAUCGAGAACCACAAGCGCGAGAACCGCCGUCUCAGCACACUCAUCGACCAACAAAAGGACGAUGCUGCCCGCCUAUCGAUGCGCCUCUCGGGCACCGAGAAGCAGCGCGACGACGCUCUCGAGGCCCUCGUUCUGCAACAGGAGAUCGCCGAGGAACUCGAGCGCGAACGCAAGAGGAACGCAAAGGAGAUUUCCGACCUUCAACACACGGCCCACGGUCUCACCCGCCAACGCGACGAGACACAGCGCGUGGUCCUCCACCUUCGCGCCCUCAUCGACGGUCAAACCCACCACAUGGAGCACAUUGUCAAAUCACUCAACAGCCCUACGGACAACUAUCUAGAAGGCUUCGAAGACGUGCCCGAAGAAGACGAAGAAACCGACAAUAUGUCGUACAAGAGCGCCAUCAACACGCACAACUCCUCGCCCACCCGCGCCUCCAGCCGCACCGGCACCCCUCGCGCAACCGAAUCCCGCGCCUCAAACUCCACUAUUGACGGCAAACAAUAUCACAACCAUCUCGACGGCGAAGACGUCUCCCCAGACAUGGAGCACCGCCUCCUCCAUGGCGCAGCCGGUACUUCCUCAGCCCGCUCCUCAAAACGCUUUUCCUCGUCCUCCAUGGUCGACGUCGCAGACCGCCACCUCCGCGACAAAACAGACGCAAUUGCCUACAUCAUCCGCAACAUCUCGGAACAAUGCGCCGCCGCUGUAGAAGGCCUUCACCUGGCGCAACAGGCGGAUGAUUCUGACCUCCCACACUCUUCGGAUCACCGUCGCGUAUCCCACGCGUCGUCGACCCGCUCGGCGUCCGAGUACGCCGAAGACGAUGAGUCGAUGCUUCGACCUGGUCGUGGCUCUUCGAGUAUGAUGAGUAUCCCUCCUACACCGGAUCUCACGCAUCGAAGCUCCACGAGCAUGAGCAUGGCUAGUCAGAGUACCACGCCUGAUCGGCAUAGUCUGCAGCGCAGCGGGUUGGACGACGUUCCUGAUGUGCCGACGCGGAUAGUCGAGGAUGAUGAGGAAGGAGAGACUGGAGACGGGUAUGAGCAUGCUGAAGUACCGGUUAGUAAGUAUGCCAAUGCGGCGACGGGGGGCUUGGUUGGACGGAGAGUUGUGCAGUAAAUAUCUUGUAUGAGGGAAAGGGGGAGUUUGGGGGAUAGAUGGUGACGAAUAGUGUGUGUCUACGUGUGUGUGUAUCAUCUCUUUUUUUUCUCUCUCACACUUAUUAUUCCUUCUUUUCCUUUUCCUUUGUUCUUUUAGUUUACUAUGUUUAUUUUAGCUUAGCUAGCGAGCUUUUUUACCACUGCUACCUCAUAUUUACUUAUGUCUUGUACUACUCGUCU